AUGCAGGCUCCGUGGCAUUUGGACUAUGGAAACCCCGUGGGCACUGCCAGCAGCACCCUGUUGCAGUGCUAUGAGGAUGCCCUUCGUCGCGAGAAGACCGGGAUGCCACAGAGAGCACCCAUCGCAAAGCCCAUGAGCCCUUGGCAUACAGUGCCUCAGUGGCGCAGGCCGAGCUUCCUAGCGGAUGAGGAUUUCUGGGCGAGCUCGUCCAGGAUCGGUGUGGAGCGAGUGGAACCACCGUCAGCGCAGCUGGCCACCGUCAGUGAUCUGGAGCGACUGCAAGAAAAGUCUCUUGGCCGGGCGGAGUGCUCGACUCCAAAGAAUAAGGAAGGAUUGGGCACUGGGUCGGUCCGCUGA